AUGGCUGUUAAAUAAAUUGCAUUAUAUAAUAUAAUCAAUCUAAAAGAUCAUAGAUAAAAAUCCGAAUAUACAACUGAUAAUUCUUUAGAUGGAGAUCCAAAUAUCAAAAUAAAGAUUAAAGAACUUUAGGAAUAACUAAUAUUAUUAUUACUAGAAAAUUAAGAUGGUAUGAUAUCACCUUUAAUUAAGAGUGUAUCUUUAAAGAAAAUACCUAAAUUAUAAAAGGAACGUGUUUAUUUUGAAUUGAAUUUGAUUGAGCUUGGGUUUUCAAAAUUGAAUAACUUUAUAGAUACAAUUAAGGAUGUUAUCUAAAUAGAAAAUAAUGAAUGA